GGGGGUGAGUACGUUUAAGGGUCACCCCCACGCCGGCGGCUUCCUCUCUAGAUCUCGGUCCGGGACAGAGGAGGCCGCAACAGGUCUUCGGCGGCUGCCUGGGUUUCUGGGUUCGGCGGGCCUCCCGCAGUGUCCCGGGCUCCUGCAGACCCGCGGUACGGUGCCCGGAGUGAAUGAAUGCUGUGGAGAACGCUCUUCUACACAUCUUGCAGAAAGCCAGCCUGCCUAGGAGGCACAGAACACUGCAGAUCCUGGCCUAGGGGGUCUUUUCUGCACAGGAAGGUGAUCGUGUUCCCUGAGGCUUCCACAAGCUACCUCAUGUUUCAGAGAUUGCACUAGCCAUGGCCCUCACACUCAAUGUCCUGCUGCUGCUGCUGCUGCUGGUGCUGGGCGCGAACACUGGCUCAGGAGGGCAGUCUGCACCCACAGACAUCCCUGAACAUCUGCAUUAUGAGCUGCCUUCAGUGACCUAUGAAACCCCAGAUUCCCACGUACCCGGGCCCAUCGCUGGUCUCUUCCACAUGGUGCACGGCUUUGUCCAUGUGGUCCAGCCCCAGGAGUUCCCUGAAGAUAUUGUCAGAAAGAUCAUACAGAAGAACUUUGAGCCCUCAGCUGAUUUCAACAAGCCAGAAAAUGUAGUCUUGGCUUUGAAGGUUGCCUACUAUGAAAUUGGCGUUAUCGUCUGUGCUGUCCUGGGCCUGCUGUUCAUCGUUCUGAUGCCAGUGGUAGGGUUUUUCUUCUGUCUGUGUCGUUGCUGUAACAAGUGCGGUGGAGAGAUGCACCAGCGACAGAAGGAAAGUGGCCCCUUCCGGAGGAAAUGCUUUUCAGGCUCCCUCUUGGUGAUUAGUGUAAUUAUAAGCGUCGGCAUCCUGUUCGGCUUUCUGGCCAGCUUCCACAUGCGGGACUGGAUCCAAAGGACCCAGAGCCUGGCGGACAGCAAUCUCAAAGACUUUCAAAAGCUCCUGGGCGGAGCUCCGAAGCAAAUUAACUACAUACUGGCUCAGUUCAAUACCACCAAGGACAAAGCAUUCUCCGAUCUGGACAAUAUUAAUAACCUGCUUGGAAGCAAAAUUCACAACCGACUAGCAACCAAAGUGACUCCUGUUCUGGAUGACAUCAAGGUCACGGUGGCAGCCAUCAAAGUGACCAAGGAGGCCUUGGAGGGCAUGAACAGCAGCGUGCAGAGCCUGAGGCAGGGAAGCCAAGAUCUGCACAACAGCCUGACCAGCGUGAAAAACGACAUCCAAGGGGCGCUGGGCGGUGAUGAGUGCAGAGCAGGCCCAGCAGUGCAGACCUGCAAUGACAUCAGGGCAUCUCUAGACCAGCUGGAGGGCACCCCCGGCCUGGACCAACUCCCAUCUGUGGAUACAGAACUUCAAAACAUUGGUAACAUUUCUACAAGCAAUUUGGAUGGCCUAGUCAACCUGGGAUAUGCCUUCCUGGAUUCUGUACCUGAGGAGGUGAAAAACCAAACUGAAGGGGUCGUGCAAGAUAUCAAAAAUGUCCUGAAUGGCAUUAGUGUAGACAUCAGGAGUGUGGCGGAAUACCCUAUCACGGCCACGCUGUCCAAUUUCACGGGUUACAUCAAUGACACUGAGACUUACAUCCGACGGAAUUUGCCCAAGUUGGAGGAAUAUAACGCAUACUGGUGGCUCGCAAGCUUGAUCAUCUGCUUCCUCCUGGCCCUCAUCGUGGUCUUUUGCUUCCUGGGCUUGUUGUGUGGCAUUUGCGGCUUUGACAAGCAUGCUACCCCGACGAGCAGAGGCUGUGUGUCCAACACGGGAGGCAUCUUCCUCAUGGUUGCGGCUGGAUUAUCUUUCCUCUUCUGCUGGCUAUUGAUGAUCAUCGUUGUUCUUACUUUUGUCAUUGGUGUAAAUAUGGAAAAAUUGGUCUGUGAACCUUAUACAAAUGGGAAGUUAUUCCAAGUUUUGGACACCCCCUACUUACUAAAUAAGGAAUGGGAAUAUUAUCUCUCUGGCAUUGUACUUAAAAACCCAAAUGUUAAACUCACUUUUGAACAAGUUUACAGUGAUUGCAAAAAUGAUAAAGGCAUUUACACCACACUGAAGCUAGAGAACUACUUCAAUGUCAGUGAGGAGCUCAACAUUCAGAAGCAUACUGGAAACAUAAUCAAUGAACUUGAAAAUCUGAAUUUAAAUCUUGAUAAUGUUGUUCUGCUGGAUGCAGAAAGAAGAAAAAACCUUCAGGCCUUCGCAACUUCUGGAAUACAGGAUAUAGACUACAACACCUACCUGGCCCAGACUGAUAAAACCCCUGUAAAAGUGAAUCUUUUAUUAUUUGCACGUGACCUAGAAGCAAAAGUAAAUCAUUUGCCCCCAGGAAAUAUGAAAGAUACCCUCCAAGCCCAAGUAGAGAAUAUUCGAAGGACUCACCAUCAGCAAGUCCUUCCUAUGGAACAGUCACUGAGCAAUUUAAAGAAAAAUGUCAGGAUACUUCAAAGCACAAGCAGUGGACUGAAGGAGAAAAUGGACAAGAUCCUCAUCUCUCUGGAUGCUGCUCAGAGCUUUGUCUCAAACAACAUCUCCUCUAUUAUUGUUGAAGAAACUAAAAAGUAUGGGAAGAUAAUACUGGGACACUUUGAGCGAUAUCUCCAGUGGGUCAAGGAUGCUAUUACUGAGAAAAUGUUAUCCUGCAAGCCCGUGGCUACCGCCCUGGAUUCUGCUGUUGAUGUCGUUCUGUGUGGCUACGUUGUCCACCCUCUGAAUUUGUUUUGGUUUGGCAUAGGACAAGCUACUGUGUUGUUACUUCCGACAAUCAUCUUUGCUGUGAAGCUGGCCAAGUACUAUCGUCGAAUGAACUCCGAGGACGUGUAUGAUGAUGUUGAAAUUCUACCUAUGAAAAAUAUGGAAAAUGGUAAUAAUGGUUAUCAUAAAGAUCAUUUAUAUGGUGUUCACAACCCCGUUAUGACAAGUGCAUCACGAUAUUGAUAGCUGAUGUUGAAAUGGCUUGAGCAGCAAGACUCCCAAAGUGGAAAGGCUCACAGACUGCUGGUGGUGUCCCGGCCUAUCUACAAGAACUUUCCAGAUCCAGGAGGAACUUUGGUGGCAGCACUGACCCAGGCGGCCCUGAGGGGGCAGUGUCAUUGGUCUCCGGGUGGUACUUGGUUAAGAAUGAACACGAUCACAUUUACUGUGUGUCCAUUAUUAUUUAAGUAUAGUUCUCCCCUCCCAUGUUUAUUUUUGUUUUGUACUAUUUUUACAGCAAAUUCCUUUGCAGACACUACAAUAUAUGAGUGUUUGUUCCCACCAGACACGUUUCUAUGUCUGACAGCUGUUCAGAUGAGGUAACUGAGUUCCUGACUUACUCCCACAUGUGGAGUGUGCUACCCCCAUACCAGUUUACAUAACAGAUGUAUUUUUUUGUAUAGUAAAUUGUAUAUACCUUUUAGCCAAGAAGAGUUUUUUAAACAAAUGACUACAGCAGUCUUCUAAACGAGCUUACUAUCAGGUCAGUAUUGACUUACUGGUGCUGUUGGAAGUAGUUCAUUUUCACUAAAAGUGGGGUGAAGCCUGCAGCAUAUCUUUCCACUUGGAUUUGCACCUGCUUUGUCAAUGAUUUUUAUGAUGCUUAGAUAUAGAACAUGAGCAGUCACAGAGAAAUCAGCUUCGCUUCUCCACUGGAAAUUCAAAGAGAAAGGGAAGAAAUAAUUUGAGCGAAGGCAGCAAUCAGUGCUCAUCAGACAGUGGAGUUGUGUUAAAACAUUCCCAUCACGGUGUGCUCUUUGAUGGAGUUUUUUCAUUCAUAAGGAUAGGCAUCAGCUGGAGUGUCGGUCAAUUAUGGGGCAAUGAAAUACUAGGAGAGCUUGUUGUGAUUCUUAGAUUUUGUAUCCAGCAUAAAUGAAGCCUUUGCAUUUGGUCCCAUGCGAGUACAAGAUCAGUAUGUAUUUACUUUGGCUGUUUGGGUUGGCUUUGUUAUUUCCAAAAGUGACCAGCAGUGAAAAGCUGGUCAAACCAAAGUGAGCUUCUUUCCAUGUUCACAUCACUGUGUUGAUCCAUUUCAAUAAAAAAGGAGCUUGAAAACGUG